AUGUCAGGGGAAUCAUCAUAUUCAGAAGGCGGGGGUUGGAUUUAAUGGUUUUGUUAGAUGGAGGAUCAUCAAUUUUUAUGUGAAAUCGAUAGUGAAUUUAUUAGAGACAACUUUAAUUUGUAUGGGUUGAAGAGCAAGUUUAAUUUUUAUAAUGAGGCUCUUGAUUUGAUUUUAAGUUCUGAGACUCCUGAUGAUGAGGACUUGGAAGAUGAGCGUUUUCUGGAGGUUUAUUAAGAAGCAACAGAUUUAUAUGGGUUAAUUCAUGCCAGAUUUAUAAUUACGGCAAAAGCAGGGUUGUCUCUAAUGAAGGAUAAAUUUCUAUCUGGAAAGUUUGGUGCUUGUCCAAGAGUAUUAUGUGAAAGAUCUAAUGUUUUACCUGUUGGGAUGAGUGAGGAAUUGCGAACUUCGAGAGUGAAAGUAUUCUGUCCGAGAUGCGAGGAGGUUUAUAUUCCAAAGAAGAAGUGUCCAGAUGUGGAUGGGGCUUAUUUUGGCUGUUCAUUCCCGUCGGUUUUCAUCAUGGUAUUGAAGAAGAUUCAGAUUGCUCCAAAUAAUCAACAGUAUGUUCCGAGGGUUUUCGGAUUUAGAGUGUACAAGAAGAAGGGGUCUCGUUAUCAAGAUACGCAAUAGAAACCAGUUGAAAUCACUCAUUAUUCUGAGGAUCAAUUGAAGAAGUUAAGAGGUAAGAAUGAAUAACAAAGCAAAGAGGAUUAUGUUCAAAAGUGA